GCGAAUGAUCUCUGUUGUAUUUUUAAACAAGAGUUUGCUUCAUUUAUCAAAGCUGACUUCUUCACUUGGAUUCUUCGCUCCACUAAGAUGCCAUUCUUCAAAAAAACUUCUCAAAUCAUCUUUAAAAAUUAUUGAAAACAAGACCAACAUUCUUGUGGGUAGCAAUGUAAGUCUUACAGACACAAAUCAUGAACUAUCAAAAUUUGAUGGCAUAAUUAGUACUACAAAUACGAGAAAUCCUAUUUCUGUAUUUGUGAGUGACACUGACAGAGAUUCAGUCGGCGAAGUUACUGAAGACAAAAAUGAAUUAGAACAAUUAAAAAAUGGUGCAGCCAGCAACAAAGUUUUUGAAUGCUUUGGGACUCCAGAUCCAUCACAACCCGUCAGUGAUGUAGCAUGCCCUGGCUGUGGUGCACUCCUUCAUUGUAAGAAUUCUAGUCUUCCCGGCUAUCUGCCAUCACAAACCUUUCUAUCUGUCCCAAGCAGUCAUUUGAAGUAUGUCAACUGUCAAAGAUGCUAUUUGCUGGAGGAGAAAAAUAUUUUGUUCAAUACAACUGUGAAACAAAAAAGUUACAGACAUUUUCUGACAGAAAUGAAACAACACACAGCAUUAAUUCUGCUUGUAGUUGAUAUGACCGACUUGUCAAAUUCAUUUCACAGUCUUUUCAAAUAUUUGACAAGUUCUAGAAGACCUAUGUUCAUUAUAGGAAAUAAAGUUGACCUUUUGUACAAAGACAAAGAUGGCUAUUUGACAAGAGCCAAAAAAUCAUUAGUCGAAAUAGCUGCCAGAAAAGGGUUUAAUAAAGAGAACAAUGUUCAAGAAUUUUUUCUUGUCAGCUCUCAAACGGGUUUUGGAAUCGAAGAUUUAAUCACUAAAAUUCUCAAUUUCUGGAGAUUGAAAGGACAAAUUUAUUUGGUUGGAACUGCUAAUUCUGGCAAGUCCACAUUAUUCAACUCCUUGUUGGCUUCUGAUCUGUGUAGAAGUUCUGCUAAGGAGGUCAUUGGCAGAGCAACAACUUCAAUAUGGCCAGGUACGACUCUGAACUUUUUAAAAUUUCCAAUCAUGAAUCCCAAGCCAUCGAAGCUGCAUGAAAGAUAUGAAAGGCUAAAGAAACAAAAAUCGUCCGACUCCAAUGAUCUGGUUGAAGAGAAGAUGCUCAUGAAGUCCAGAAAAAACAUGCGACCGAAUCUGAUCAGUUGAACAGAUAAUAAAUUUGUUGAAUCAGUCAGAACUGCUAUUUCUUUCAACAAAAGGCGCGUUAAAACCACAAAUACACAUCAUGCGUGUUGGCCAAGUUAUGUUGGUGUCAGGCUUGGCAAGACUUGAAUAUUUGCAGGGGACAGAAGCAAUCCAUCUCGCUGUGUACGCUUCAUCAGCAAUUCCUGUGCACGUGUUUGACAACGAAGAAGCUGCAAACAACUUUUAUAGUCGUAACGUCGGAAGUUCAGCACUCGGGUUGCCUCUGGGUGAUGAAGACAGAAGAAGGUGCUUGCCAUCGUUGGUUGGAGUUGAAUAUGAAGUAGAAAUAGAAAAGGUAAAAGACGCCACAGCAGACGUCGUUUUCUCCUCUCUAGGUUGGGCGGCAGUCUGUUCCCACAUGAGGCAGAAGAUAAAAAUAAGAGCUUACACGCCGGACAGAAGAGGGCUGCAUUUACGUGAACCUGUUAUCAGAUAUCCACUGAACAACAUGGGAAGAAGAAUUAAAGGAACCAGCAGGUACCAAGUGGUCAACGCAUCGUCCACAUUCACGCAUCGUUAAAAACAACAGAGAUUUUAAAAAUGGUUUAUAAUUUUAAAGCUUCAACAGAACCAAACGGUUAUAAACAACAAUAAUUUGCAAAUGAUCGGUCUGAAAAUUAAUUAAAGUCAAUUAGUCGUUCAUUUACAAACCAUUGACACGACAUCUGUUGUCAUUAAUUUUUCACGUUAAAUUCAAAUUUAUAUGCUAAUGAUUUAUAAAGACAAUGAACAGAUUCAUAACAUUUUAUCCAUAACACAAUACAUAUACAAUCUAAUAAGUUUACUAAUUGCUAGCACACACACACGCAAUAGACACACACACACACACACACACACACACACAUAUAUAUAUCUACAUACACAAAUAAAUACAUAAUAGACAUACAUAGAUGUGGAAUGCAUGAACAUGCCACAAUGCUGCUAGUUUUCACUAGGAGUCAUGUCCAUUUUAUCACUUAGUUGCAUGUAUUUCUUUUUGUUUCGCAUUCGUCUCUUAAUUUCCUUAUAGCUCCUUAUAUAGUCAUCAUCAAUUUCA